AAAAAAAGGUGAAAGAAAAAAGAGAGAAAAAAGAACUUGAUCACUCAUCAUGGAUGUAUCUAUUGAAAAAAUUCAUCGUACUUUAUUGGAUGCUGCAUUACCAUCGACUAUUAAAGAUCUAAAAAAUCCAACAGAAGAUUAUGCUGUGAAUUUAUUAACAACAUUUUUAACACGUUUUGGUAUCAAUAUGAACUUGAUUGAUCAGCCAAUUCCAGAACAACUUGGAGCUAUGACUUAUUAUGAAGAUUCUGAUGUUAUAAAUCUUAUAAAUUUAUAUGUAGUUGUGGCACAGAUAUCUGAUAAGAUAUUUUUACAUGAUUUGUGUCUUACUGAUAUUACUAGUCCAGGACAAAAGCGACUUAGAAAACAAGCAAAAUUUCUAUCUAACUUUGUAUUGUACACAAUACAUAAAAAAUCAGGAUGUAAUGACAGGAUGGAUCAAAUUCAGACUAUAUCUAAACUACUAGAAGAUUUGAAAGAAAGAAAGACUCAUAUUUCAGAAUCUAUUAAUAAUAAAGUUAUGCACAAAGCAAAGCAAUUAUCCAUGAUAGAAAAGUUAGAAAAUGACAUAGAACAUAUACAGUCAAUAACGGAGAAAAUCAAUAAAAACGAGAUUGAAUUUGAAAUAAUGAAGAGUAACGUUGAUAAAGAAAAUCAAAAAGCUAAGGAACUUUGUGGUUCUGUUAAGACGACAGCGGGAAAACUGUCCAAGAUGAUAACUGAAGUACAGUCAGAAGUUGUACAUUCACCGAGAGAGUAUCAAUCUCGUUUAGACGAAAUUGAAAAACAACAUAAGUUAAAAGAAGAAGAACGUAGUAUAAUGCAAGAAGCUAUUCAGGAAAAGAAACAGUCCAUAAAACUAAUUGAAGAAAAGUUAAAUUUUGUCCAAAAAAUAAGUGACGACUUUCAUACAUUAGCAGAUGUAUAUAAAGAACAAAAAAACAAGAAAAUAAAAAGAAACAAUAUUAUAAAAGAAAUUGAUUCAUCAAUUAAUAUAUGGAAUGAAUCAAAGACUAAAUUAGCAAUGCAUAAAGAUAAAGUAGAUACUGAAAAGGAUGAAUUACAAACAUACAAUGAGGCAGAUGCUUCACUGUGCAAUCUGUAUAGCCAAUUAUUGAGUGAAAAAAAGAUAGAAAAAACUAAAUUAGAUAAAGCUCAAAAUUGCUGGAAUGAAAAAUGUUUGGAAAAGAAUAAAUUACAAGCAGAUAUUAAAAAAAGAGAGGAAGAAACUACAACUUUUAUCAACAGUUGUCAAGAAAGUUAUAAUAAUGAAAUUGCUAAUGAACUUGAAUUACGGAAAGCUUGGGGAGAAGAAUAAUUGUGGA